GGCUGGGACAACUAACAUGUUUUCUCCUCUGCUCCUAAGUGAGGUCCUUCGGUACUGAAGACCGUCCCACAGAUAGGCCUGCCCCUCCCAGAGAGGAAAUCUAUGAGUACAUCAUUUUCCGGGGAAGCGAUAUCAAAGACAUCACAGUGUGUGAACCUCCAAAAGCUCAGCACUCUCUCCCUCAGGACCCUGCCAUCGUCCAAUCUUCCCUGGGCUCGGGCUCCUCCUUCCAGCCGCACGUGCCUUACAGCCCCUUCAGAGGGAUGCCGCCCUACAGCCAGCUGGCCGCCAGCUCCCUGCUCAGUCAGCAGUAUGCAGCUUCCUUGGGUCUAGAGAAGCUGGUAAGCCCUCCAGCCUCAGCCGCAGCCUCCAGCCCUAGCUCCUCUCCAUCUCCACAGCCCGUGUCAGAGCCUGACAUGUCCUCAGAGCCACACCAGCUCACUUCCAAGGGAGCUGGUUUUCCAUCCAUCCCAGUUGGCAAGAGCCCCAUGGUGGAGCAGGCUGUCCAGACUGGUUCUCUUGAUAACCUGAACGCCAAAAAGCUGUUACCUGGCGGCAAGGGCACUGUGGGGGUGCAGCUCAACGGGCGCCCUGCCCCGCCAAGCGGCAAGAGUGCCAGCGAUGUAGUUCAGCCAGCCGCUGUGCAAACGCCAGGGCAGGUGAACGACGAGAACAGGAGGCCCCAGAGGAGGAGAUCAGGGAACAGACGAACAAGGAAUCGCUCUAGAGGGCAGAGCCGCCCAACCAACAUCAAGGAGAACACAAUCAAGUUUGAGGGGGACUUUGACUUUGAGAGUGCAAACGCCCAGUUCAACCGCGAGGAGCUGGACAAGGAGUUCAAGAAGAAACUGAACUUUAAAGAUGACAAAGCUGAGAAGGGGGAAGAGAAGGACCCGGCAGUGGUGACCCAGAAUGACGAGGCCCCUGCUGAGGAGGACCACCUGGGGCCCAACUGCUACUAUGACAAGUCCAAAUCCUUCUUCGACAACAUUUCCUCUGAACUUAAGACCAGUUCCAGGCGGACCACGUGGGCUGAGGAGAGGAAGCUCAACACGGAGACCUUUGGGGUGUCAGGAAGGUUUCUUCGUGGCCGUGGAUUCCGAGGCGGACUGCGGGGGGGCAGGGGCAGUGGCACCACCCGGCGCAACCCGACUUCCCACAGAGCCGGGACUGGCAGGGUGUGAAGAGCAGCCGGAGGCUCCUGCAGAGGCAGCGGCAGAAACGAAGCCGAGUGAGGACGCUGCACUUACUGGACAGACAGGCGUUGGGUCACCGUUUAUUACUUUUGUUUUGACGUCAUGGAACUUGGACAUGGUCCGAGUUAGAACUGCUCAUGUUCGGGGAGUGUUUAAGGGUGACCUCUCUGAGGUCUCUGGGUCUUUCCUCUUCAGUUAUGCACAGUCUACCUAAGGUUUUGGUGUUUUGCAAAAAGUUUUCUAGAGCGAAAGCUUGAUCUUCACUUUGAAAAAAAAAAUUUUGGGGGGACAACUUUUUUAAAGUGGACCGUGUGGCAGCCAGGCACAGCUCUGUCACCCAGCUGGCGCUCAUGCUGCUGGCCUGGUACCCCCACUGCCACUGGUGGGCCUCAGGAGCAAGGCAGGGCCAGCCCAGGGGGUGUGGGGUCGGGUGGGCCCCAGCAGGGAAAGUGGAGUUCCCGCAGAUCAUGUGUGAGCAGACAGACCACCUGAUGUUCAGGGUGGUGGUGUCGAGGUUUGGACUGGCAGGCUUGGCACUCUUGGAGGCACAGAAGGGGCCUGAACAUGAGCUGGGAGCUGUCUGUUACUCAGAGCCUGGCUUCCAUAGGAAUGAGGAUUGGGGUGGCAUACCCAUCCUUUCUGUCCUGCCAGUCAGUGUUGGACUCAGACCACUGUUCAAGUCUCAUCCACUUGGAAAUGAGCCAGUCUUUUUUGCAAGCUCGGCUGACAGAGCUCCGAGUUGUAAAUAGUUGUGUUUGUUUUGUAGGUGGGUGGAGGGAGGUGGGAUGUAAACUGUUGCAUGAGUAAAUGGGUCACCUUAGUACAAGCAUGCUCCCCCCCUGAAGACAGGGCAUCUUGGUGAACAUAAGCACCUUGGUAACUAAAUCCCUAGACAGCUAUAAAGAUUUUGGUUCUGUAUUAAGUUACUGUAAAAGCUUGGUUUAUUUUUGUAGGACUUAAUGGCUAAGAAUUAGAAUGUAGCAGUGGGGCUGCUCUGUUGGAGUAAUGUAUAUUGUAAUUAAAAUAAACACGCAAACUUUAAAAUCUU